GUCUGAUGUGGGAAGCCGGAGGCGGGGACCAACCGAGCCUGAAGUCUGAAAGGUCCGAGUUCCGGGUUGACUGGAAAUGUAAACAAAAUAGGCUGUUGGUUUCCUGAUGGCUUUUAGUAUAUACUGACAUUGGUUGUGAUGGCAUCAGAAACUGAGAAGAUCCAUGCUUUACUCCAGCCUUGUAGUACUGAAUCUCUUAUAUCCAGCCUUGGUCUGGGAAUAUUAUGCCUAGUAGCUGACAGACUUCUUCAGUUUCCCAUAAUUCAGCAAAAUGACUGGCUUCGUGCCCUCUCAGAUAAUGCAGUACAUUGUAUGAUUGGCAUGUGGUCAUGGGCAAUAGUUAUUGGAGUCAAGAAGAAGACUGAUUUGGGAGAAAUCGUUUUAGCUGGAUUUUUAGCCUCUGUUAUUGAUAUAGACCACUUUUUUCUGGCUGGAUCUGUGUCUUUAAAGGCUGCUUUGACUCUUCCACGAAGACCUUUCCUUCACUGUUCUACUGUGAUACCCAUUGUGGCUCUGACGCUGAAGUUUGUUAUGCACCUUUUCAAGCUCAAAGGCUCAUGGUGCUUUCUACCCUGGAUGUUAUUUAUAUCCUGGACCUCACACCACAUCCGAGAUGGAAUCCGUCAUGGCUUGUGGAUAUGCCCGUUUGGAAAAACUUCUCCUUUACCAUUCUGGCUUUAUGUAAUAAUCACAUCAUCUUUACCUCAUAUCUGUUCAUUUGUUAUGUAUUUAACAGGGACCAGACAAAUGAUGUCUUCAAAACGUGGAAUACAUAUUGAUGUCUGACAUUAUCAUAUGACUGUUCUGGAGAAGCAGGUAGUUCAGAUGAUAAUAAUUGAGUUGCCAACUUUAAAGUGAAUUUUUAAAAUCAGAGUUAGACACUUACAUUGUUUAAUUAUUAUAAUUCCUGAAUUCUCUUGCUAGGAGGCACUUAAAACUUAAAAAAAAAAACCUGUUGUAAUUUUGAUUCUGUCUUCUGUAACACCAGAGUACAAUGUUAGAGUUUUGUUUAUUUCAUGUUAUAUUUUAUAGCUUCUUCAGUUUAGCUUGACUUUACUGUUUACUAGUACCUCUGUUAGAUUAAUAUCCAGGUAAGUUUUCUGGAAGUCUGCCUUUAAGUUAGACCAUUUCCUGAUGAAAAACAUCUCAAAUUUUAGGGUGACUAAUUUGUGGAAAGUUAGCAUUAUAUUUGGGUCCACAUGUUCCUAAGAUAUUGAAAUGACCAAAAUAAAUGAGAUCAUAAAUAAGAUAUAUAGUGAAUACUAACUUUUAUUUAUUUCAUAUAUGUUGAUCCUAACUGAAAUUUAGUUUGCAAAGUACCUUAGUGACUUAUGAUUAUUGGCAGAAUCUGCUUCAGAGCACUUGUGAGAAACAUAAUAUUUAUAAAUCACCAUAACAGUACAUCUAGGUUAUUGUUUCAGAAAUCAGUUUAGGAAAUAAUUAGUUGUGAUAUGUUGACUAUGGUAACAUCUUACCGAAGUAUUCCUUUUUAAUAUCUUUGUCCAAGAAUCUCAUGUCUUAGAGUUUUAUCUAUUUUGAGAAAUAUAACUAAAGUUAACAAAAUACUCAUUAACAAAGUUAAGAAAAUAUUGAAACCUAUGAUUCUGUGGAUCAUAACCACAGAAUAUGAAUUCACACAAAAAAGGACUUGUCAGUAAUGUAAUUUCAAAUACAAACUUCUGCAUGUGCCAUUAAAACAGUUUUUGUUACUGUUAACUUGUUUACGCAUUAUUCUAAAAUAUUGUGCCAGUUAAACCAUUUUUUAAAAAUUGGCCUGAUAUUGAGAGACAAAAAGCAUAUUUUUUUCAAAAUAAAGUAAUCAUAGAAAAUUAGCUUUUUCCUGUGUUCUUUCAGGUUGAUUUUCUGUUAAAAUGGUUAAUGUUUUUUAGAGAAGAAAGAUUUCAUUGCUGUAAAUUUUACAUUUACACAGUUUCAGGUUACCUUAAUAUUAAAAUCAAUGCUCCAAAGAUACCUGCAUUUCUUUGUGGCAUAUGUACCAUCUACUGUCUCCAGACUUUCUUAUAGAUUUGUAUUUUAUUAUGCUAGUGAUUGUGUGCCUUAUACUCUGAGAAAUGAUGGAUGAUUCAUAAAGCCAUGUCUAUCCAAAGCAAAUUUUUCUUACAUGAUAUUAAAUAGUUCAAUAAAAUUGUCAUGAAGGUUCAAGCUCUUUAGUUAGAGAUGUAACUUUUUUCUUGUUAUUAACAAAUUGAUUGCAAUCUAUAUUUUACGAUCUAUUAGAUCUUACAAUCUAUUAUUAUCUUCCAAAAGCAAUUAUUGUGUCACUUUCAUUGGUAUCAUAGUAAAUAUGAUAUAGUAAAGGUAAACUUGAUUAAGGUAGAGAUUUUUUUAAAGCAUCUGAUUUCAGAAGUAACUUUAUAAAACUAUGGGGUUAACUUUACCCAAAGAAUUUUGUUUU